AUGACGACGGGGAGACAUCUUAAAAACCAAGCACUCUCCAUAGACAGAGGUGAUUUCCUGAACGGAUACACACUUUAUGCAUUUAACCUGACGCCUGAUGAAGACUGCGGUCAGCACAUAUCCCUCAUCAAGGACAUUCUUCAGAACUUCAUCGAUAAUAUUCUCCCCCACAGCUCUGCCGUCUUCAACGAUAGCACCAGCAGCACCCCCCUCUGGUUCAUCUUUAUGACCGGAAUCAGUAUUAGUUUUGUGAUUAUAUGUGGAGACCACCAGGACACUGACAACAUCCUUAGCUCUGUCACAACCAAAGUGAAAGGCAUCGCUCUAACAAACACCACCGAGCUCGGUGAACAGAUCUGGGAUGUGGCUGAAUACAUCAUCCCACCUGAGGAGGACAGUUCUUUCUUUCUGAUGACCAACAUGAUCCUCACACCAAACCAAACACAGUCAAAAUGUGCAGAGUAUCCAACCCUGAAAUCCAUUUGCACAUCUGAUAUGAACUGCACCAAAGGCUUUAAAGAUGCGCAAGGGAAUGGUGUUCAGACAGGUAGAUGUGUCGAUUUCUCAGACUCAGUGAAGACAUGUGAAGUGUUGGCCUGGUGUCCUCUGGAGAAGAAAGUCGAACCUCCAAAUCCAGCGCUCCUGGCAGAUGCUGAGAACUUCACAAUAUACAUAAAGAAUAAUAUUCAAUUCACCAAAUUUAACUUCAAAAAAAGGAAUAUCCUACCAAACAUGAGCAGCUCCUACAUAGCAAAUUGUGUGUUCAACAGAAUUAUGGACCCCAACUGCCCAAUUUUCAGAGUCAAAGAUAUUUUUGAAGAGACUCGAGAGGAUUUUCAGACCAUGGCAGUCUAUGGGGGAAUAAUGGCAGUGCAAAUCCAGUGGGAUUGUGACCUGGAUAUGGGCUUGUGUGCUCCCCAGUACUCCUUCCGCAGAAUAGACAAGAAGGAACCAGAAAGUAGUGAAACCCCAGUGCACAACUUACGAUUUGCUAAAUACUACAAGAACAGUGAUGGCAAAGACACCAGGACCCUGAUCAAGGGAUAUGGCAUUCGUUUUGAUGUUCUGGUUUAUGGCAAGGCAAAAAAAUUCAGCUUUGUAAAAACAAUUAUCAACGUGGGUGCACUCUUGUCGUUUGUAAGAGUGGUGGAUUAUUUAAUCGAUUGGGUUGCGUGUGAAUGGAAAGGUUACUCAAGGAAGAAAUUUGAAUAUCUUGAUGAACAGGAACUUGAGUGUGAGUAUUUCAUUUCUUAAUUUACAAAUAUAGAAUGAAUGAAUGACAGUAGACUGUCAAAAGGGCUGUCAAUAGAGAACACUUUCUAAUCGUGAUUAAAUCGCACACUUGUCGUAAAAUUAAUCAUACAUCAUUUGUCAUGUUUAACAUGUUAAUUUUAUCAUAAUUUGCUAUA